CCUCCAGAGACAGCGCAAGGAGAGGGGUGGGGUGCUGCCGGGGGUGCGCACGUACAGGUGGGUGUGGCUCUGCGUGUUAUCGGGGCAGCGCACGCAGGGAGCGGGUGCGCGUUCUUGCGGUGAGCUCUCAAAGUUGGACCGGAGUCCCUGGACCGCUCCGGCUUCUAGAGGCGACAUGGAUGAUCUGGAUGCAUUGCUGGCUGACCUGGAAUCUACCACCUCCCAUAUAUCCAAACGUCCAGUAUUUUUGGCGGAAGAGACACCAUAUUCCUUUCCAAGUGGAUGUCACACAUAUCAAGAAAUCACUAUACCUGCUGCACCAGCAGCAAAGACUCUCAAUGGGACUUUACCAGAUUCACUAGACUCCUGGACAAACAACACUCCCAUCCAGCAGGAGAACCCUUUGUAUUGCUCUUCUGGUGCCAAGGACAUUUCAGGCUCACCCAGUUUUGGUGAAGAAGAACAUGUGUACAGUUUUCCCAAUAAACAGAGAUCAGCAGAGCCAUCUCCUACAGUCAUGAGUUCAUCAUUUGGCAGCAAUUUGUCUGAAUUGGACCGUCUUCUCUUGGAACUAAAUGCAGUACAGGAAGCCCCAACCAGCAGCUUGUCUUCAGAUGAUCUAAUCCGAAGCAUGCCUCAGCCAGUGGCCCCUGCACCUCUUUUUAGUGCCUUAGAUAGCUCUGGAUCUGCUUGUAUGAAAAAUGUCCAGCCAUCAUCCGAAAAGCCAAAUCGCAAUGGAACACAAGGAAUAGAGGAUGUCCGUCCAAGUGUUGAGAGUCUUCUGGAUGAACUUGAAAACUCUGUUCCACCUCCCGUUGCAUCAGUCAUAAUGUCUCAAGGAGAUAUAAGCAGCCCUCAACAAGACAAUUCAAGUGAACAUCAGACCCGGAUCUCUGCAUCUUCUGCAACCAGGGAGCUAGAUGAGCUUAUGGCUUCUCUCUCUGAUUUCAAGAUCAUGGCCAAGGGAAAAUCUGUAAGUAACUCUCCUCCAUCAAAUACUCCAAAGCCUGGAAGUCAGCUGGAUAACAUGCUAGGAAGUCUACAGUCUGACCUUAACAAGUUGGGAGUUGCCACAGUAGCUAAAGGAGUGUGUGGUGCUUGCAAGAAACCAAUUGCUGGGCAGGUUGUUACAGCGAUGGGAAAGACUUGGCAUCCUGAACACUUUGUUUGUACGCACUGUCAGGACGAGAUUGGGUCCCGCAACUUUUUUGAGCGAGAUGGGCAGCCAUAUUGUGAGAAAGAUUAUCAUAACCUGUUUUCUCCUCGCUGUUUCUACUGCAAUGGACCCAUCUUGGAUAGAGUGGUAACUGCAUUGGACAGGACUUGGCAUCCUGAACAUUUCUUCUGUGCACAGUGUGGAGCUUUCUUUGGACCUGAAGGUUUCCAUGAGAGGGAUGGGAAAGCUUACUGCCGCAAGGAUUAUUUUGACAUGUUUGCGCCCAAGUGUGGUGGAUGCACCCAUGCUAUCUUGGAAAAUUACAUCUCUGCUCUGAAUACUUUGUGGCACCCAGAAUGUUUCGUUUGUCGGGAAUGUUUCACACCUUUCAUUAAUGGGAGCUUCUUUGAGCAUGAUGGGCAACCCUACUGUGAGAUGCAUUAUCACGAGCGCCGUGGUUCUCUGUGUUCUGGCUGCCAGAAGCCGAUCACAGGCAGAUGCAUCACCGCUAUGGGGAAGAAGUUCCACCCAGAGCAUUUUGUCUGUGCCUUUUGCCUGAAGCAACUCAACAAAGGAACCUUCAAGGAACAGAAUGACAAGCCUUACUGCCAGAACUGCUUUGUUAAGCUCUUCUGCUAGGGAACAAUGCACUUUUUCCACCAAACAUUUCACAAUGUGUGAACAACUGGCAAAGGGGUCAAGGGGAUAAGCAAUACUGGCAGCAUUUAUUAUAAAGCAAAUGUCCCUGUUUUACACACACUCUGGAGCUGCUACUUAUUUGCAGGUAACCGUUUCUAACCAUUUGCAUCAGGAAGCUCCCCUACCAGCUCUGUCUUGACACCCAAAUGCCUGUGUAAUGUUAACCAGAAAUCCUCAUCUUUAUGCAUACAGUCUCACCACUGACUGAUACACAAGCAGUUGGGUAAUGGGUCAUUCAUUGUACAUACUAGGGAAGGAAUCUUGUACUAUGCACCAAUUAGGGCAAUUCCUGUGUGGGUAAAGAGUGGUGCUAAUUUACUGGUAAAAAUGAAUCCAUCUCAAUCCCUUUGAAUUAAGAGAGCAAUGAAUAUGGCACUUUUAUGUAUAUUUGAGUAGACCCUGCCAGCUUGUGUAGUACUGGGUAAAGCUGCUGGGGUACAAGGGCUGGAAACUGCAGCAAUAACAUUUUCUACUGACAGUUACUGGUAACUUGUCUUCUGUCUGGUGGGUAUACGAUACUUGCCACAAGUUUUAUAAUCAGGAAUGCGACCUACUUGCCUUCAUUAAAAAAAGCAACAUUUUGUAUACUUGGUUUAACUCAUUUCAUUCAGUUUUAUUGACAAAAGAUGCCUUUUUUUAUAAGCAUAUAUGCAUAUAAUACACAUAUAUUAAAGUCAAAUAGACUGAAUUAUGUUUCGUAUUGACUCUUGCUUUGAUUAAACCUGGCUAUUAACAUUUUCAUAUGUUAAGUGUGGAAUUAAUGUAUUAACAAUGUCUGGACAUUUUUGAUUAAAAAGCAGUAUUGCCAUUUUAAAGUUGAUUGCCUGGUGGGGGAAAAAAACUUAUGUGAUUAUUAAUGCCAAAAAACAUUUAUUGAGUAUAUCAUUUAAACAUUGUCUCUCCCACUACCUGAACCAAUGUUAUAGUGAAAUUCUUUGAAAGUGAAUCAUUUGAAAGCUGUGCAACCAUGAACUGUGUGUGCAUGGACGUUCUUAGGGCUUGUGGCAACCUGUAUUUUUAUUGUUUUGGUUAUAAACUUUGAGCUUUUCAGCAUGCAAAGAAAGCACUAUGAUUAUCAUGCCAAAGAGAGUGGAGAGUUGAUGCCUUCUUUUUCUAAAGAUUUCAGAAAAAUGUGUUUUUAGAGUAUGAUUUUCAUUUAAAGGUUACCUUCUUCCAAGAUGAGUCCUGCACUAAAGUUCUGGGCAGUCGCAAUGUGCUGCCAUGAUGAGGUAAAUGGGCAUGAAAACAGGCAGUACUUCUGUCUUCUGUGUACAUCCAUAAACCACUGAAGUUGCAGGAGCAUACCAAGUUAUGGCUAUACACAACAGGGCAUGGAGGCUGGCAAUAGCAGCAAGUAAACGCUUUGCAGAUUGCACUGCUUACAGAGCAGGCUGUUUCAGUCCACAACCUCAGUGUGGGAUGUAUUUUGGGGUAGUAGGUGCCCUUUAAAAUAUAAACCUUGUAUUAUGCACUGUAUAAUAAUUUACCUACAUAUUUUCUUGUAUACUGCUGCUUCCUAUGAUAUGUAUAAAUGCAAAGAUGAAAUAUUCUGUGCACAAAAAAACUCCUAAACUGUAAAGGAAAGACAUGGAUCUGUUGUAACACGAUAAAAUUGACCUUUUUGUAUGUGAGAUUUGUGGUCAUCUGGUCCUAUAUAUAUUCCAGAGAAUCUGUGUGACCUACUUUGGAAAGUAGAGGGGCUUCAAGUCCCAGAAUAGCUUCACAAUGAAACAAUCACUUAACCUUGUCCAGUUUUAAAGCCAAUGCCAGCCUUUUACAUUGGUGUCAGUGUGAAUCACUGGUUGUAGAACACUUGAAUUGCAUAAAUGCUGGAAUAAGCAGGAGAAGACUCUUACUUAAUUCACAAUAUCACAGAUGCAAAAAAAAAAUUCUGAUGUCUGCACUUGAGGGAUC